AUGCCCAAGUAUGUCAAAUUCGUGAAAGAUGUUCUCUCCAAAAAGAGAAGAAUAACAGAAUAUGAAACUGUGAAAAUGUCACAAGAAAGCUGUAAAUAUUUGGGCAAGCUUCCACGAAAACUGCAGGAUCCUAGAAGUUUUAUCAUUCCUUGUGUAAUAGGAAACACUUACCAAGGCAAGGCCUUGUGUAACUUGGGGGCUAGCAUCAACCUAAUGCCUUCCUCAGUUUUCAAACAAUUGACCACUGGCCCAGCAAAACCAACAACUGUAACACUACAGAUGGCGGAUAGAUCCAUUGUCAAGCCUGAAGGAAAAGUCGAAGAUCUAUUGGUCAAGGUAGACAAAUUCAUCUUUCCCGCUGAUUUCAUCAUCUUAGACUAUGAAGUUGAUAUUGACGUUCCCAUCAUUUUGAGAAGAUCGUUCCUUGCAACUGGAGGAGCAGUCAUCAAUGUGCAGAAAUGGGAACUCACCAUGAGAGUACAUGAUGAUGAAAUCAAAUUCAAUGUCCUCAACGCAAUAAAGUUCCAUGAUGUAAAAGAAGAUCUGGAAUAA